CUAGACUGGAUGUUACCUAAGACCUAAAAAGUAUGUUUUGGGAAAGUAUUGAAAAGUCAUCUUGACGAGGACAAAUUUGGAUUGCUUAAAAAAACUAAAAGUAGUGUAAUGUUAUAUGAGCGAGAACACUUUCGUUCUUAUUUCUAAACUUUGCCUAGACGCCCAAUGGGUGGCGAUACUGUACCGGGAGUUGAAAAUCAAUCAUCAAACUAACACCAAAAAGAAGAAGAAACAUUGUGUUGGCCAAUGAGAUCUCGAGACGACAAAGAUGCGACGGGCGCACUGAUCGCGCAGCUAAAUACCGCCAUGUCUCCGAAAGUAAAGUGGCGGCUAGCGAUCACGGCUAUUGUACUUUGUGUGAUUGUAAUAUUGUACCUCAUUUUGACUCGUAUUCCAACGUAUAUAUACGUUUUUGUCAUUGGUGCUUGUGGCGUUGGUUGCUACUACAACCCGAUAUAUUUUCCUUUUCUCUCUAGAUUAGGCCUUAAUCCACGCCGUGGUUUGACAAUUCCAGCGGCUUUUCUUAACUGGUUACCGGGGUGGAGCAUUAGUAGAGAAUCGUCAGGCAGGCGAAGAAACAGAACUCUUCCACCCUCGAAUAAUACUGAAUUAACCAACGAAAGGCUCUCUGAAACUUCACUGCAUUAUCCGGACCCUUCUUUCAACUGUACGUUUUACCCGCGACAUACGUACAUGGAUCGAGCUGAAUCCAAUCCGUCGAGAUUUUAUGGAACACCUCGUUUAUCUUCCCUGAAAAAGAGGCUGUCAUAUGGGGUUUCUAUGGAGAGCACACCGUCCAUGGUCUCCCCAGGACGACAUUACCCUCUCCAUCAGGCGAGCACAACAUCCUUGGGGAUUCUACCACAACCAUGGGAUCGCUUCCACCAGAAGAGUAUUCUCAAGCCGCGAAACUCUGCUUUAGUCCAAAGCCCUGUCAGGAUAGCGAAACCAGACAGCCACCCAAACAUAUCUGCUUUCUUUGAUAAUUUGAACACCCAACCGGCGCCAGAAAGCCUGCAAAGACAGCCUGAGCCGUGCUCUCGAGAGAGUGUAUUGAGCGUCCUGAGAGAAAGCCGCAAACGAGAGGUGGACAAGGACGACAAAAGAGAGAACACUGACGGACAGUAUGGAAAAAGAAGUCGCCAUGACAGUGGUAGGAGCACCAAUUCAGGACUUGAGCCCCUGCUGGCCAACGGAGCACCAUCCCUCCAAGUACCAAAAACUGGUCAGAAGAGAUGGCUGAAUGGUGUGCUGGCAGAGGAGUCUGCAACCAAGAGAUCUCGUACGUCCUCCGUCAGCUCUGCGGCUGGGGGUCCCAGCACUGCGGGAGCCCGCAACUCCAUCGUCAGCUCCUACAGCUCCUCCCGGGCAGCCUCAAAGCGCAAGGCCAAUUCCAGUUCCAGUCAGUCCCCUUCAACAAGCCUGGGCUCCCCCGGCCCACAGACACCAGUGAGGGCAGCCAAAAAGCUCAGGGAUGAUACCAUCAACUCGCCAAGCUUGUCUUUUGGAAAGUCUGACAGGUCGGACUCGGAUUUGACUCCGGCCGCAAAGGAGAGCAAACCUACCCCUGAAACUCCCAGGUCUGUGGCCACUGCCAACUCAAAGGAACCCGGGUCCCUACGCAGACGCAAGAUUCCCCUGGUGGCUCACAGCAAAGAUGGACAGUUACCUCUGCCUCCUCCACCUGAGCUUGGCUAUACCAUCACAGUUGAGGAUUUGGACAGAGAGCGGAAGGCCACACUUUCUCAGAUUCAAAAGCUCCUGGAAGAACCUGAACCAGAAAAGCCUGCACCUGAACCUGCUCCUGCAACCACAGCGCCCUCCACCUCCCUGUUCCAACCCCCUACCACCACCACUGCCGCCGCCGCUGCUGUUGAUGCUGCUGCUGCCGCCGCCGCCACCACCACCAGUGAGAACACUCCAGCUGUCUCUGCUCCUUCACUGAGCUCCAUCACAACCUCCGCUCCCACCUUCACCCUGCCCUCGGCAGCUCCAGACAUAUCCUCUGCCCUCGGUCUUACCCCUGCCGCUGCUGCUCCUGCCGGCCUGGCCCCUGCCUCCUCCUUGUUGGGGCUCUCUGCAGCCUCCCUUCCCACCUCUGCCGCAAGCCAGCCCAACUCUUUGCUGGAGAGCCUGAAGGCCAUGAGGGCACCUAUGUUUGGAGGAGCCACCACCGCAGCUUCCACCCUGCCCACAACAGCUGCUGUGACACCAGCUAUGAUGACGCCCGCUGCUCAGAGCGUGGGCACCGUGAAGUCUGAGCCCAGUGCGGCAGUCCCUCCGGCCGCCGUCCUACUGUCCUCCGGUGCACCACGCCCGGUGCCCAACAUGAACUCGGCAUUCGCCCAGGUCCUGGCUCAGCCCCUGCAGCCGCCCUCCAGUGGAGCCGGCCUGUUUGGUCUGGUGAAGCCGACAGCAACCCUUGCCCCCACACCAUCACUGGCCUGCUCCUCAUCCUCAGCCCAGACGGCGGCAGUUGCCUCAUCUGGUAUCGGCACAUUUGGCACCACCACGACAGCCACGCUGCUGACCUCUGGCUUCAAGCCUAUCUUUGGAGCUACCACGACGGCCCCGGCAUCUGCUCAAGAAGGCAAACCGGCUGUCCCCAGCUUCACAAACAUCUUUGGCAGCACGAACAGCAGCAGUGUUUUUGGCCAAACAGUGGCCACGGCAACAGUAUCCACUCCAGCAACAGGUGGAAGCACCGGUCUGUUUGGAGGGCUCACUGCCAGCCAGCCAGCACCAGCACCAGCCUCCACCGGUGCGAGUACCGCAACCUCCACACCUGCCAAGUCUCUGUUUGGUAACUGGGGCGCAGCUACUGCGGCAACAGCCACUGCGCCUGCCACCAACACAUUCCAGUUUGGAGCCUCCACCACCACUACCACUGGUGGUGUAGCAACAGCUGCACCUGCCUCCACCACCAGCUCCUCCAGCACGAACAGUUUCCAGUUUGGCGCGGUCCAACAACCGGCACCCCCGGCUGCCUCCACCCAGCCCCCGGCACCUCAGGGUGGCUUCACGUUCGGCCAGCCGUCAGGGGGUCAAAGCUCCACGCCGGCUGCCUUCGGAGGGUUUGGCAUGGGAGGCGCGAACCCCGCAGCCACCUCCACCGACACCACCACACCGGCAGCCACAGCGCCUGUGUUUGGGGCGUCCUCCUUCAGCGGCGCCUCACAGGCAUCUGCUGCCAAGCCCUUCUCGUUCGGGGGUACGGCAGCACUGGCAGCAGGGGCGCCAGCCGGCAACACAGCGUCUCCAUUUUCAUUUGGAGGUGCGGCGAGUUCUGCCGCUGCGCCCUCUGCCACGGCGGCACCUGCUUUUGGCACGGCGGGGCCGUCACUGUUUGGCGGAGGUGGUGGGAGCUCAAGGCCUGGUUUCUCAUUUGGGGGUGCACCCGCUACCACGACCACCGCCACCACCUCUGGCCCCAUGGCCCCCCCCUCCUUCGGGACGCCCUCCACUCAGACUGCAGCCCCCCUUGCGGCGGCAAACCCCUCCUUCGCAUUUGGCGCAGCGCCCCAAAAUGCCACGGCAAGCCCCGCCACUAAUUCAAAUGCAGGCGGCUUUAACUUCGGCACGCCGUCUCAGGCACCCUCAUUCUCAUUCGGAGCCAAUACACCAAACUUUCUGGCAACGUCCACACCGUUUAAUCAGCCUGCUCCUGGAGGCGCUAUCCCCUUUGGUUCCCCCCAGGCACCCCAAGCACAGGGCUUCAGCCCUCAGACAGCUUCUCCUUUCGGCGCCGCUCCCAUGGGAAGCUUCUCCAUCGGCGCUGGCUCCAAACCCUCUGCUCGCCAGAGACUGCAGGCUCGCAGGAUGCAUGUCAGGAAGAAGUGAGGUCCCCUCACCUCAGAGGCCCCCUUAGGAGCACAGCACCCCUUAAUGGACUACUUCAGCUGCGGCAACUUCUGCAGUUGCCAUGGCUGUACUGAGUAAAUAUAGGUUCCAAAUGAAUUUUUUUGUACUUGAAGAAAGAGAAGAGAAAAAAAAACUACUUCAGAUGAAAAGUUUGAGUUACAUUACUUUGCAUCAUACGUCUCAUUUUAUUGUUUUUGUUUUUAGUGUCCAAUUUUACCAUGAAUAGUUUUUUCCUCAAUAAAGUGUGUAUAAUGUUUUUUUUUUUCAA